AUGCUGCGGAAUUUUCGUUCUCAAGGUCGGGGUCUAUUAAUCUCAUCAUUUGGUGCCAGUAUUUGGUUCUCAAAGACAUCAAUGCAUUCUGUAGCUUUAAUUGCUUGUCCGAACUCCACAGUCGCUGAGAAUAUUGCAGAAACGUUAGUUAGUAAAAAACUGGCUGCUUGCGUCAACAUCAUACCUUCAAUUAAGUCUAUUUACGUUUGGGAGGGGAAUUUGGAGAAGUCAGACGAGGUUCUGUUAAUGGCAAAAACUCAGUCAAAGUUGAUUCCUUCUCUAACGGAGGUUGUCAAAGGAAUACACCCUUAUGAAUGCCCAGAAAUCAUUGGGUUAAAUAUUGAGGGCGGUUAUCCACUUUACCUUAAGUGGAUUACGGACUCUACGUCCUAA